AAAAAGAACAACUUGGUUGGGAUAAGCCAAUCAUAAAGCAGAAUAAAACACAUUACUGAAUAUGGUCUUGGAUACCUAUGAGGUGGGGCUAUAAAAGUUGGCUUGUAGCGGUCAAGUGUUCCUAGCAACAUUGCUUUUUGAUCCUUUGAUAUUGGCACUUCCUAUCAUUGAGAAGCAGAAUUCACCGAGCAUUGGAGUCUCCACCCACUACCUGAGCUGGGAUCAGACCAUCGUGUGAGAGGAUGUUUCUCCAGAUCAUAGUACUUGUCAUUGCUCUUUUCGAAAAUACAGUUUCUGAUAAUCCAGAUAGAAGCAAUCUCAGAGAGAGAAGGGAUGACCACCAAACCAGCGUUUGAUGGGCCAGUCCAGGCUGGUUACAGGGAAGUGGGCCAGGCUUGUACUAACCCAUCAAAGAACGUACGAUACCGAAGUGUCUAUUCCUAUUCGGGAGAAUAUGGUGCUGUAUCUGGAAAAUCUUUCUCUUAUUCCACUGACUAUCUAUGUAGCCUUAUCACUGGAUUCCGGAUCUGGGAGGUUUCUUCAUCCUACAUCACUGGGAUCCAACUGGAGUUCAAUAACACCUGGAGCAAAACUUAUGGCAUAGACAAGUCAAAGCUGCAUGAGGUUAUCCUCUUUCCUGGGGAGCAUAUCACUCAGGUCUCUGGCAAAGAGAACACCUACAUCUACCAGCUGAUCUUUGUGACCUCUAUGAAACGCAUCUUCUUCUUUGGUCAACCCUCAGGAUAUAGCUUCAAUGCCUACCCCAUGUACCAAGGCAACAUCCUGCUGUUCCUUAUUGGCCACACAGAUAGUAACGCUAUCACAGGGAUUGGCUUUCACUGGCACAUGGCCAAGUUGUUUGAGGGCAACUGUCAGUAUAUCAGAGGUUGAUUAGUUCCACUGGCCAGUAGGUACACCCCACAGCAAAUACUAUCCAUUCUUAAGCAAUAAACUAAU